AUGAAGCUGGAAAACGAGCACUGGCCGAAUGAUCAACGAGUGCAGGAGAACGAAAUUCAAGCGGAGAUUUUGGAGGAGAAGUCUGUAACGGCAGCGCUAUCCGCAGUUGCCCCUAACAAACUGUUUGGCUGGAAAUCUUCUUUGAUGGAGCUAGUAAGGGCAACCGUCUACGUAGAUCGCUUCCGCUCGAAUGCACGACCGGAGAACCGAAACAAGCGAAGGGUUGGUGCAGUUACUUCGGCAGAAAUAGACGAUGCUCUGAAAAAUCUAGUUCGGAUUUCGCAGAAGGAGAGCUUUCCUCAGGAAAUAGCCGAUUUGACCAGAAAACGAGAAGUGCGGGAAUCAUCGAAGAUCACUAGGCUGUACCCUGAGUUACUCGAUUGCAUAAUGUGCGUUGGCGGCCGGCUUAGACACGCUGAAAUUUCAUCUAGUUGCAAACACCCGUAUAUCAUCGACCACCGCCAUCCGCUAGCCAAGCUCAUCGUAGUGUACUACCAUCAGAAGCACCUUCAUGCCGGACAGCAGUUAGUCAUUUCAGCUAUGAGAGAGCGGUUUUGGAUCACCAGUGUCCGGAAUUUAGUCCGUUCGGUACUACAUGAAUGUGUCCCGUGCUUCCGAGUGCGUCCUCAGGUCCAACAGCAACUAAUGGCGGAUCUACCUCCCGAACGAGUCACUCCCUGCCUCCCGUUCCAACGGGUCGGAGUUGAUUACUGCGGACCGUUCAUGAUCAGAUACCCACAACGUCGUGCGCAACCAAUCAAAUGCUUCGUCGCAAUCUACAUCUGCCUGGUGACGAAAGCAGUCCACCUGGAGCUAGCUGCGGAUUUGUCAACGCAAGGGUUCCUGACAACGUUCAAGCGCUUCGUGGCACGUCGGGGAAAGCCGCAAAUUGUCAUGUGCGACAACGCGAAGAAUUUCGUUGGUGCUAGAAGGGAAAUUGCGGAGUUGCACAAUCUGGUGAGAUCCAAGGACUUCCAAACUUCUGUUGUUCGGAGCUCAGCUGAGGAAAGGAUCGAGUUUAAAUUCAUCCCAGCACGAUCGCCGAAUUUCGGAGGACUGUGGGAGUCAGCGGUCAAAUUCUUCAAGACCUUACUGAAGAGAAGCGUUGGUGUUCGAAUGCUCUUGUACGACGAGAUGCGGACGAUGAUCGUUCAAAUAGAAGCCGUUUUGAAUUCGAGACCGUUGACACCUCUCAGCAACGAUCCAGACGAUUUCGAGGCGCUAACACCAAGACACUUCCUGAUUCAGCGGCCUCUAACUGCGUUGCCGGAACCUGAUCUGGAUGGCGUUCCAGAGAAUCGACUCUCGACUUGGCAGCGGAUAGAACAGCUUAUGCAGCGUAUUUGGCAGAAAUGGUCGACCCAGUAUCUGUCCGACCUGCAUAAUCGAACGAAGUGGACAAAGCGGAAGGACAACAUUGCGGUCGGAACAAUGGUGGUCCUAAAGCAGGAUAACUUGCCUCCACUCAAGUGGCCCUUGGCACGCGUAACAGAAAUCCAUCCAGGCGCAGACGGGAACAUUCGUGUCGUGACAGUGCGAACAAAAGACGGUAGCUAUCGGAGAGCAAUUUCCAAAAUUUGUAUCUUGCCGAUCCGAGAAAAUCUUUCACCGGCAACACCGGCAUCGGCUGAGGAGGAUUAA